AUGAUUAGCGGGUACAGCGCAAAAAAACCUGGCGUUAGGGCGGGACAAACCGUGUCUCACAUUGACAGCCAUGUGGCCUAUGGAGAAAGGUACCUCGAACUGGGUGCUGCAACGGCAAACAAUAAGCGUGAAUACGCAAGGCAGAAUCAGUACACCUUUGUUCCGAUGGGCGCGCAAGAUUACGAAACCCUAUUGAUGAGGUACUGUCCCCUAAUUGCGGCCGAGGCACGCAUCGCAGAUCCAAUCACCGGUGCCAAAUUCUGUGCAAUGAGAUACGCGCUUACAGAGCAGGGCUGUGAUUGGAUGCUGCUCACUGAUGUGGAUUCGGUUGUCAUCGACACAUCCGUGAGGAUCGAGGACUUGAUCGGAGGCGAGACGGCGUUCUUAUCGACUAGAGUUGCGAUCCCAGAUGUCGUCUGGUUCGUUAAUUGGUCUUUAGUCUCAGAGAUACGAGAGGAGACGGAGGUGGAGGAAGCAGGUCGUGCAUCUAUCAUUGGGGGUUCGUGUGGAGACGUGGUUGUCUUUGCCGCGAGCCUAAACACGGGCGCCUUCCUCAUGCGCAGCUCUACGUUCACAUUUGAUCUCCUGACCCACAAUGUCCUCGCACUGAGUUCCAUGGGACCGUCCUUUCUCACAGAAUCUGCUUGCAGCACUGCAGGCAUCGGUGCGGCUGAAGAGGACCAAUGUGCGUCCAACUCGGGCGUGGAAGAGUGCAGCAUCGGCUGUAUCCAUCGUAUGCACCCUGAUUGGCUCAAGAAGGCUUGGUGCCUUUCCGCAUUGCCGUCGGAUGCCCCCGCGGCUGAAGCUGCCAAGGUGAGGGAUCGUUUGGCAGCAACUGCUGGCGACACAGUGCUAUCCGCGCUUAGGCUGUGGAGCGGGCUUCUGGAAUCUUCGGUGAGAGAAAAGUCAGUUCAUCACCACUUGACAAUAAGCGGCGUUCUCUAUGCCUGA